UUGCUGGAAUAGCGGAUAAUGGUGUAUUUACAUCGCCGGAAGUGGCAAAAGCUUUUGAUUUUACCGCGGAGGAGAGGAUAUAUAAAUGGUGGGAGUCUCAAGGAUAUUUCAAGCCAAAUCUUGAGAGGGGAGGAGAUCCUUUUGUAGUUUCAAUGCCACCUCCUAAUGUAACUGGCUCGUUGCACAUGGGACAUGCUAUGUUUGUCACUCUUGAGGAUAUAAUGUCCAGUGCCGCUAAUAGAACUUCUUCUUUAGCAAGAGUUUCAUCUGAUGUGAGAAAAGUUGCUCCUGUAUUCUCAUCUGUUAAACAAUUCUUUGUGAGCUUUGAGUUUCUAUUUCUUGUUGAUCUAUAUGGCAGGACAAUAACAAAUCAGAUAAAGAGACUCGGUGCUUCUUGUGAUUGGACCAGGGAACGCUUCACCCUUGAUGCUCAGCUGAGUCGAGCCGUUGUCGAGGCCUUUGUUAGGCUCCACGAGAAAGGUCUAAUCUAUCAAGGAUCUUACAUGGUCAACUGGUCCCCUAAAUUACAGACUGCAGUUUCUGACUUGGAAGUAGAGUACUCAGAAGAACCAGGCGCUCUGUACCACAUUAAGUACCGCGUUGCUGGUGGUACAAGGGAUGACUUUCUGACAAUCGCAACCACAAGACCAGAGACUUUAUUUGGAGAUACAGCAAUAGCAGUGAAUCCAGAGGAUGAACGAUAUUCCAAGUACAUAGGAAAGAUGGCUAUUGUGCCAAUGACUUAUGGUCGGCAUGUCCCCAUAAUUUCUGAUAAGUAUGUUGAUAAAGACUUUGGAACUGGUGUCUUGAAGAUAAGCCCUGGACAUGAUCACAAUGAUUACCUGCUUGCUCGGAAGCUUGGGCUUCCCAUUCUUAAUGUCAUGAAUAAAGAUGGAACACUGAAUGAAGUUGCUGGUUUAUACUGUGGUCUUGAUCGGUUUGAGGCACGGAAGAAACUCUGGUCAGAACUCGAGGAGACAGGUCUAGCAGUGAAAAAGGAGGCCUAUACUAUGCGAGUUCCUAGAUCACAACGUGGUGGAGAGAUAAUAGAGCCUCUAGUAAGCAAACAGUGGUUUGUGACAAUGGAUUCGUUGGCAGAAAGGGCUCUCCAUGCAGUGGAAAAGGGAGAACUAACCAUCGUGCCCGAAAGAUUUGAGAAGAUUUCUGAGCAGAUCAUUGAGAUAUAUAAUCACUGGCUGUCAAAUAUCAAGGACUGGUGUAUAAGCAGGCAAUUAUGGUGGGGGCACCGCAUACCAGUUUGGUACAUUGUUGGUAAAAAAUGUGAAGACGAGUACAUAGUUGCUAGGAAUAAUGAAGAAGCUCUUGAAAAAGCACGUGAAAAAUAUGGAAAGGACGUCGAAAUAUAUCAAGACCCAGAUGUUCUUGACACCUGGUUUUCAAGGCAUGACAUAUUGUUCUUUUGGGUAGCAAGAAUGGUGAUGAUGGGGAUUGAAUUCACGGGCACAGUUCCAUUUUCACAUGUUUACCUUCACGGACUUAUACGAGAUUCUCAAGGCCGCAAAAUGUCUAAAUCGCUUGGAAAUGUUAUAGAUCCACUUGAUACAAUCAAAGAUUAUGGAACUGAUGCUCUAAGGUUCACUCUCUCUCUAGGAACUGCUGGCCAGGAUCUCAAUUUAUCAACUGAAAGGUUGACUUCUACUAAAGCUUUCACCAACAAACUGUGGAAUGGUGGCAAGUUUGUGUUACAGAAUUUGCCGCCUCAGAGUGAUUUAUCAGCUUGGACAGCUAUUCAGGACUAUAAGUUUGAUGAGGAAGAGUCACUGCUCAAGCUACCUCUACCAGAAUGUUGGGUGGUGACAAAACUUCAUAUGCUGAUUGAUGCUGUCACCAUGAGUUAUGACAAGUUCUUCUUGGAGAUGUUGCCCGGGAAAUCUAUGAUUUUUUCUGGGCUGAUUUUGCUGAUUGUUAUUGCUUAUGUUCUUAUCUCAUGCUUGUAUAUUGAAGCAAGUAAAGCCCGGCUCUAUCAAGGAGAUGGCUCAGUUGCUUCUGUGGCACAAGCAGUUCUCUUGUAUGUCUUUGGAUCAAUACUGAAAUUACUUCACCCAUUUAUGCCAUUUGUAACUGAAGAGCUUUGGCAGUCAUUACCCAACAGAAAAGAAGCUCUUAUAGUAUCAGCUUGGCCAUCAACCUCUCUUCCAAGGCAAACCGAAUCUGUGAAGAAAUUUGAGAAUUUACAGGCUUUGACAAGAGCAAUUCGAAAUGCACGGGCAGAGUACUCUGUUGAACCAGCAAAGCGUAUAUCCGCAUCAAUUGUUGCAAAUGCAGAGGUUAUUCAGUAUAUUUCUAAAGAAAAGGAUGUUUUGGUUCUUCUCUCUAGACUGGAUUUGGAGAACGUAAGCUUUUCCCAAUCUCCCCCAGGAGAUGCUAGUCAAUCAGUCCAUCUUGUUGCCAGUGAAGGUUUAGAAGCAUACCUUCCACUUGCUGACAUGGUAGAUAUCUCGGCUGAGAUGCAGCGCCUUUCCAAGCGCCUAGCUAAAAUGCAAACUGAAUAUGAUGGACUUAUGGCUCGCUUAAGCUCUCCAAGUUUACACUCCAGAAAUCAAAUCAUUUCUGUUUAUCUACAGUUUGUUGAGAAAGCUCCUGAGGAUAUUGUUCGUGGGGUUCGAGAAAAAGCAGCAGAAGCAGAAGAGAAAGUAACUUUAACAAGAAACCGGCUAGCUUUUCUCCAGUCCACAACGCUCAUGCCAAAUCAAGCUCAAUGA